GAUACGUUGUCAUGGGCGUUGCUUUGUUUCUUUUUUAUUUGAGCGGAGUACUGAUUUCUUUACCUCUAAACUAUGUCUCGGUGGUCACUUACUACGCAAAGCUUGCACAUAUGCCUGGAAUUAAAACAUUUUAGAAGCUGAAAUGGUGCACAACAUCAACUUCGUUACGACCAGCGUUUAAUAUUGCCAAGGAAAUGGAUGAACUAUCAUAUAAGUGUUGCCUUAUCGCUCAACAAUGGUUACAGGAAUUGACGUCAAAGUCGAAGACGUUGUGUAUCCAUUUAUAGAUACAGUGCAAGUUAAAUGUUGACGUUGCAUGUAUAUACUGGACUACAGUGUCAUGUACUCUGUUAAAAAGGGGUCACGGACAUUACGGACCAUGGACCUUACGGACCAGACAUAACGGACCAUAGUUUGGUUAUAAAGGAAGGUGGAAGUGUACAUCUUCUUUUCUUUUUCACUCGAUCAGUUUUUACACUGUUUCGUCAGGUGUGUUGGCAAUAGUUUAUGCAUUUUAUUAUAUGCAUUAAACCAACGGUCUUCGACGGUUUGAUCACGAACUACUUCGCUCUGUUGCUGAAACACAAAAAUGGGUAUAGACCUUGCAACAUACCGAUGUCGUAUUGGAACCCGAGCAUUUUGCAGUGUAAAUCGUAGUUGCAGAAGAAGAACCAAUGGUCACUGCGUUCCAUUUGCAAUUUUUUCUGUCCUUAUAAUUGCAACAGCAUCAAUAAAUGGAUUGCUGUUGCUACAAGCUGGUAUUGAGCCCAAUCCCGGCCCGGAACAACAUGAUGGCAGGGCGGCUUCGGGGAUUGCGAAUGAGGCAAGAGAAAGCCUCGAUGCUCUGAACAAACAGCAUAAAGACACUCUGGUGGAUACGACACGGCGAUGGAUGAUUUUGGUUAUAGGCAAUGCUAUGUAUCCAUCCUUAAUGUCAAAGCAAGUAUGGAACUCAAUAAGGGUUAAAGAGUUUGUAUCUCGAAAAGAAAUGAAGCACACCCCUUGUUAUGUCAUGUGUGGAGAUGUGCAUAAUGUCAAGUUAAAAGCGUUAGAUAAGUCUGGAUUACUCCAGUGGAUGAAGUUAACGGAUAUGGACAUUUUAAAAGACCACAAACGAACACUUAAAUCCCGAGAUGAAAUUGUAUCUCUAAAGCAAACUCGAACAGCGAAAUCUGACAAAGUUACAACUCCACGCGAGCAUGGAGAAACACCAUUUCACAACUGCACAGGGAGAAAUAUUGAAACAGCUUCGCCUUUUAGAAAUCAAUCGUUUAGAAACGGAUUGUUUGACAACCAAUCCCAGGAUCAAAAUUCUGUUCAUAGCCAACCUUCUGACGAUGGGGGUCCCUCACGACUUGCUGUCACCAGCAGCUCAAGGGAUAUCCCGAUGCAAUUAGAGCAUCCUCAACAAGAAAACUACUCGUUCGAUAAUUUACCAAGUCUGACACACAGAAACAGAGCUCUAGAUACCACGUUUAGUGCAAUGCCAUACUCGUCCCACCAGUCUUCCAGUGACAUAUCUUAUAGGAUGGACUCUCCUUCUUUUAGCAAUUCUGCAAGUGUUAACACUUUAACAACGAACACUUUAGGUCAUAAUUUCGGCCGUGCAGAAAGCACUUUUGAGUUUUCUAGAACGAAUGAUGUAAGGUUUGGGAAUCCGAAUUCACAACCUGUAGAAGAAUUUCAGUCAACUAUUCGGAACAAACCACAGUUACCCAGACCGCGAUAUCCAGACUAUGUGGAGAAGGAUGCGAGAUUGAGAAGUUUUAGCACAUGGUCUAUGCGCCAACCAGAUUCAAGCACUCUCGCAAAAACAGGAUUUUUCUUUACAGGAAAAUAUGACCUUGUGCGAUGCUUUCAGUGUGGAAUAGGAUUAAAGGAUUUCUCAAGCACAGACGACCCUCUAAAAGAACAUGUCCAGCAUUCUGAGAAAUGUGCGUACCUCCUGCAGUAUUUCGGUGGGCGUGAGCAACUGUUGCAGUAUAAGGAAAAUAUCCGAGAUUUAGAACCAGAGCAAAUACGUCAACGUCAGUUUGAGGAGUUUAGAAAUGCUCAAGGCAAUCCAGUAGAAGGCAAUUACAAUGUUCGGAAUCCAAGCUAUAAGACAUUUGAACAGAGGAUGCGCUCGUAUGACAAAUGGCCGCCGCAUGUGGCACAAAGACCGAUUCAGCUUUCGGAGGCGGGUCUAUAUUAUACAGGUAUAGACGACCAUGUUCGCUGUUUUGCCUGUGACGGCGGGCUGCGACGAUGGGACCCGGAAGACGAUCCCUGGAUAGAACAUUGCCGCUGGUUUCCAGCCUGCCCGUUUGCGCGACAACAGAAGGGGGACGAGUACAUUGCCCUGGUCCAGGCAUCCAUUGACCAAGACAUAGAGACUUUUUUGCCUGAAACGCAGCCUUCCAACUCUGCGUCAGCAUUAACAGGAGCUAUGGCGAAUCUAUCUGUGGAUGAUUCCUUAGUACAGAGAGUGAUAGAUGCAAAUAUCGACGUGAUUACUAAUGCAAUGGGUUAUCCAUACGAUGACUUCAAAGAAUCUGUGGUGGAACUUCGUCAGCAAGGGAAUACAAAUCCUUCAACAGAGGACAUUGUCACAGCGAUUGAAAUUAUAAAUGAAAGAAAAGAGAUUGCAUCCCAUCAACCCUCCCCGCUUAAUGGUAAUACAAAAGAGAGCGUGUUUAAGGAGAACGAGAGGCUUAAAAGCCUGCUAACGUGUUUCCAGUGCCAGGAGAACCAAGUAAACGCGCUCUUUCUGCCCUGUACACACCAUAAGCUGUGUAUGGGCUGCGCGGAGGAAUACACAUCUUGUCCCGUCUGCCAGAGACCUAUCCAACAAAAGAUCAGAACGUUCAUGGGGUGAAAUAAUCGAUCGAGUAUAAGUUGUUUACCCAUUAAGGUGUUUCCAAACAUAUCUCAAUAGGAUUCCAGCACGAUUCGCCCUAUCAAAAUGUCAUCCAGUAACGUCGAUGGAUAAAUAUAUUUAUUGAGACUGAUGUAACAUUUCACGUCGUAUGCGAAUUUAAUCCAAAUGACACGUGCAGAUGAACAGAACUGACUGUAGUUAAAUUCAUUGAAAUACAUUAAAACGCAUGCAAAAUUAACUUUUCAACCAUUAACAGUCAAUAAACACUACAGCACACACAAAAGUUAGUAAAUGCCAUACUAACUAGAAUGGGAAGUGAUACUAUAAAAUAUAUAUAUUUAUUUAAACUGAUGUAAAUACCACGUCUUGCACGAAUAUAAUCCAAAAGGCAAGUGCCAUGAAGCAUCACAAAAGCCUAUGACGUGAAGGUAAGAUGAUUGACGUGCAGGAAAAAUAAAGGUAAGAAGUAAAGAAACAUGAAUAGUGAUCAGUUUGGUGGAAGGCAAUGAUUAGAACAAGCAAUUACUUGUAUAUUUCAUGAUUUCGUUCAAUAUUUAGGUGAUCUACAAUUUGAAAAUGCAAGCCUAUGAUAUACGUCCCCGCUUCGUAUACCAAGGAUUUGUUGGAAUUGUAAAAAAUGUGGUAUUCAUUUGUGGAAAGGUAAAAAUUAGAUUAAUUAGUUUUAGAAAUAAAGUUAAUUGCCAUCAUAAGUAAUAGUAGUUGUGACUUAGUGAGCGUUCGUCGUACUUGUUUGUGACAUACUAAACCAUGUGAUAUACUAUCAUAUUUGAUGUAGUGUGACUUUGUUACAUUUGAAUUUGCAUUGAUUUUUUGUGACAAUAUCUUGAAAUCCUGUGGAAUAAUUUGUACUUCUUCCUUUGUUUGAAUUUAAAGUUAACUCAAUUAGUGUUAAAAAUAUACUGUGAUCGUGUGUGAAAGAUGGAUAAAAACAUGUCAGACAGAGAAGAGCGAUUAAUAAGAAGGAACUUAGUUGGAGAUCAGGUGGAGAUGGUAGUUUACAAAAAGUUACGUGAUAGUAAAAGGAGAGUAAGUAUGCAGGGAAUAGACGAACGGGAGCUCUUAUAUGUGAAAAGAGAGAUGCUAAUGAGCAAAUUAUGGGUAUAAUCAGUACACACGAAUGAGGGAGUGAAUGUUCUAGAUGCACAAUUAGAUCUGAGGUGAACUUUAGAGGGAGUCUUAGAGGUUCAAGAAUUAUGACUUAAGUGAAACAAGGUAUGAGAAACCUUUUGAAAAUGAGAAAAAUGUAGUUGAAAGAUUUGAAAUAGUGGAUAUAUUUGAACGACAGCAGCCUUUGAGAGAUGCUAAAGGAAAUAAGGAACAUACUUGAGACUACAGACAUAGACUGAGGAUACAUAGACCACAGUCUGUUUUGAAAGGAAGAAUGUCAGGAAGAGUUGAAAAGGUUCACAAACGAUACAUAUUAUGCUCCAAACUUUCACGCAUACUAUAUUAUAUAGUAAAUGAAAGGGAGCUUAGUUUGCAGCUUGAACGUUCAGAUAAAUUGUUGGAUAAAUGCCCACGAGCCGAGACAUUUUUUUUUUAAAAAGAGCCUGUGGUUCACGAUGUAGGAAAUGUAUCAAGAGAUAAGAUAUAUGGCAUGAAAGUAGGAACUUGAAGAAACCACAGUAUAUAUUACAAGUAGCGCUUGAGAAUUUUUUAGACGAAUGAGCGAAUAAAUGUCUAAACAAGAACGUCCAUUGUGAUAAUAAAGGAACGUUAAGAUAAAGAGAACGAUUUAAGUUAGAGAGACUAACAAGUAUGAUUUGAAAGGCUAACGGAAGGCUAACGGAAAGCUUUUGAAUUUAUAACAAAAAUAACUCUGAUAAGAGCUUGACAGAAUUAGAUCUAAGACAAAAAGUUUAAGCUGAAAAAGGAGACUUGCUGAUAGAGAAAGGAUUUUGGAUAGAGAUAUACUGACGAGACAAAGAUAGAUCGUAGGAUUAUGAUAAAUUGUAUGAUAUCUAUAACAGGAAACCGUAGGUUGAAGUCAGAGAAAGAAUAGAAAUGAAUAGAGUUAUUUAGCAGUUUCCAGAUCAUGAUUUUUCACAUAAAUGGAUGGUUAGUACAUACGCUGGAAUUGAGAAUAAGCCUAUAGACAUGGAUGUAGUCUAAAGGAAUGGAAAGCGGAGAUAAACAGUGUUGAAGCGCCAGACAUGUGCGGUACUCACAUUACGCAAACGUUAAGACAGUCAUUGGAAGGUCCUGCGAGAAUAAUUAUUGUUAGUCUGGUUCCUACAGCGACACUAGUUGUAACACUAGAAUAUGUUGAUAUAAUUGGAAACAUGUCUGGCAAACAUAAUUUUACAUUGCAGGGCAAAAGGAACAUGGGAGUUUAUUGGAAUAGGGUCUCCGCUUGGAGGAUAGUGUGCAACUACUGCUCACAAAGAAUAUAAUACUUCUGAAAGAGAAAAAAGAAAUGCUAAGAAAAAGGUUUUAGAGAGGAUUAGGAAAUAAGGAAAAAGGCGUUUGAAUUGCUUAGGAGAAAGAAAGGGUUUGACCGUUUGAGAACAUGAUAUAGUGUUACAAGAGGUAGACAGAAAUAAUGUGCAUUAACAUCAGCAAGUACAAAGGACACAAGUGAAUGUAAUAGUCAACAUGAGGAGGAGAAAGAGGUGUUUUAAACAACAUAUACUAUAGUAGAGGUGGUUUUAAUAACAUAAUAGCUGGAAAUAACAUUAGGCAAAGGCAGGAGAGUAUGAAAUACGAUCCCUCUUUAGACGAAAAAGUCAAAGAAGGAAAAGCAAACUCUGAAACUGUUAAUUCGGAAUAUUUAAACAAAUGAAUGCUUUUUUGCGGAGCAAAAGAAACUAUUGGUGGUUACCGAACCUUCUUUACCAAAGACACUUGGUUCCUAUUGACACGGGGGCAAUGGUAUCAACAGUUUCAGAAGACAUUUAUUACUGAAUAGAAGAUAUUUACACACAAUUUGUUAAGAAAGAAGUUCAAAUGUCUAGUUUAGUCGGUAGUCGAUGAUGGUAGAAACAAAUAUUCUGAGAGAAAUAAGUUAGAGACUAAGGAGGACAUUCCUUAUCAAUUGGAAAUGAACCGAGAUGUGUUGUACUUAACAACUCUUUGAAAUGUAGGCAGUGACUGGGCUCAUGAGAACAAUUAUUCCAAUGCAGGUAUCUGUAGGUGAAAAUAUUAAUGAAGAUAGUAGUUUCUUACACAGAGACCCCUCCGUCAAAGUAUGUACUAUGUCGGCAGAGUUCUUAUUUUAAAUAAAAAUACAAUGUUUUGUGAAUAACAUCAAGUGGAUAUAGUCCAAAACGUAUAUCCAUUCAUCGGAGAAAAAAGGAAAAACCUGCUGAGUUGUUUGAAUUUAGAAAUUAAAAACACCCUGUAUAUGAAAGAUUAUCUGAACAUGAAACCUAACCGGAGUCCAACGGAGAUUGAUUAAAACGACAGCGCCGUAAGGGACGUUAUACAUGUUUUUGAAAAGUUUGGCAAGUUUGAAUACAAGCAAAAUGUUAAGGAUGAUUCAUUGUAGACACUAUCUUGAUCUUCCCCUCUUUUCCAAAAAAAACACUAAGAGUUGAUCUUGAAAAAUCGUGUUUGACAAGUGACACGAAGAAAAUAGUUUACAAGUUGAUUAAAAAGUAGGAGAAUAUUGCUCUUUCACACAAAUCCGAUCUUGGUUACACACCGAAACAUGAGAAACCAAUUGUUAGUGUAACAGAAUAAUCAGAAAGUCCAUUUUCGUUCAGCUAAAGUUUCCAUAACAUCGAGGACAAUCGUCACUUUCUCACUACGGAACAACGCUUGGUAGCUGCACUCGACGCGUAUAACUUCACCAUCAAUUAUUUAUCGAGCAGGAGUUGUGCAAGCUAGCCCGUAUUUAACGUUACACACGACCCCUUAUCAUCCAAUGGGUAAUAGGAUAGUUGAGCGAUACAACCAGAUUCUGCAUGAUUAUGAGAAGUCCAGUUGGAAAGCUCAUGUGCACUUCGACACCAAAUAUCUUAAUGUAAGGUCGUAGCCCCGUCAUAGCGAUUGAGGCUUUCGUUGGUUUACCCCUUGACUCUUUCAGGUUCAUCUUCGUUGGCUUACAGCACACUGCUUAGUCAAGCUUAUUGAAGCUACAUAUGGAACUAGGAGACAGACAGUAGCCAAGACAUAUGUCACCAACAAGCCGAAAUACGAUCAGAGAGUCAAGUCUAAUGUCAUAUACCCUGGAGACCGUGUUAAAGUAAGGACUCUUUCACCUGCAAGCACUUGUUAUUGACUGAUCACUUUAACAUCGUCAUCCGGCAGCCGGACCCUUAUACGCCCGUCUAUUAGGUGGAGAAGGAAUAUACCGAAUUCAAGCAAAGCCCGAACCCUUCAUCGAUAUAAUCUGUUACCUUUUAUGGCUGUAGACGACAAUGUGACGGAUUAUACUCCGGAAACGGGACAACCAACAGCAUUGAAGUUUCAAGCAACAGAAGAUUAAUGCGUUGACUACAAUGUUCUCUAGGCCUUUUUCGUUUUCACAUUGCCAAUAAGAGGACACCUCACAAAGACCGUCGCGCAAGAUACAGAAACUGAGAUGGAUGUCGUCUGGAGAUUAUGUUUUGUAAAACAGCAUUGGAGAUUGGUUUUUAUAAUUGUGCUUUGAUUCUCGAAUGUACUCAUUAUUGGGUUGAUGUGUUGUAUGGUACGCUGUAGUUUGUGUGACUCUAGAUUGUAGUAUAAUUUUAUGUAAAACUAGUUUCCGAAUUUGUCACCAUAUUUGACUGCAACUUUUGCUUGAACGCACCAGUAUGGAGUUAGCAUAGUAGUUAAGCAAAUUAUAUAGAUACGUUGUGCCACAUAGAAGUAUUCGUACAGGACGACAUUUUCCCUCUUUUAAUUUAUGUUUGUAAACGCUGGGACAUCGUUUAAAAGAAGCGGGGAAGUAUGUCAUAUGAUUGCAUUUGCAUAUUGUACACUCCCUUAAUAUCAUAUUAGAUAAUGAAAUAAACAAGAAAUUUCGCUUACUGACCAUUGUCUUUUACCCUAUUGUAACAACUAUUUCUUUCAUAAUUAGCCGUAUUUUCCCUGCACGUAAAUCACAUAGCCUUUAAACCGUCUCCGUGGCCUUGUGGUUAAGCGUCCGCCUACGGAGCGGGAGAUCGUGGGUUCGAUCCCGGGCCGCGUCAUACCGUAAGACGUUAAAAGCUGGUACAAGUAGCUCCCUUGCCUGGCGCUUGGCAUUUAAAGGGUAGUGCUUGAAAAAGUGGUGUACUCAGUACUGGUUCAACCCAGGAAAGUUGUAUCCCGUGUAUCGGUGCUUUACACCGAGCACGUUAAAGAACCAAGAGGUCUCUUCGCAAAGAGCUAGGGUAUCGCACCCGGAUCUCUUGUAUCUCACUCUGUUUCUUCAAGUCUUCCAAUGUCUGGAUUUGACUGCGAAUUGCUGUCACUUCUAUCUCAUGUCUCUUAUGGCAUUUAAAAAACACAAUUUAAGUCGUGAUGGCGUCACGGCGGGGUCAAGCCAUAAUGCAGCCAACGGGCGCGGGCAGACCUUGAUAAACUCAAAUAAACAAACAUAGCCUUUACAUCAUAGGCAAGUGUGAUGGUUUAUGGCACUUGCCAUUUUAUUUAAAUUUCGUAUAAGACGGGGUAUUUUACAGUAUAGAUAUAUGUUUUGUGUUGGGUUUUUUCAUAACUAUUUUUGUUCACUCAGCGUGUUUAAAAACACAACCAUCGACGUUAGAACUUUGCAGUUUGCAUAUGGAAAAGUCUGUCCGAUCAGCCUAUGGAAUCACUGUGUAAUCAGGAUCGCUUCAGUAAUUGCCUGACUAUCUUGCACCAUUAUUGCAACAUUUACACACGGUACUUAUUUUAAUGCAUGGUUUGAUAGUAUGAGGUGUCUAUAAUUACAAGGUUGUUGAUAAGUUACACGUUAGGUGAAACCCCUUAUAGUGACGUGUAUGGAGAACUAGCAGAUUUCCUUAUUUUAUUUCAUGCAAGGAAAAAGUUUGGUUAAAUCCAUGAAAAAUACUGAUUUACCAAUGAACAUGUGCAAUAAAACAAAAUAAGAUUUACCACAUUUAAGACAAGUAUUUUAAUAUACAAAAAAGAUUGAAUAAAUGACGAAAACAAUGGUUCUUAAGAAGGAUACUGAGUUUAAUUUGAAUGAAAUGUGCAGAAAACACGGUAUUACUACCUUAUGAGACGAUAGUUAAUAUUUUAACACUCACCAAUCAUUUAAUAUUUUUGCUUUUUAGCUAUUAAAUAUACAGUCACAAUCUUGUUAUCAGUAAUUAAUAUUUUCCAUAAAUGCAUUAUUUAGUAAGUAGUUAAAUGUUUAUCACUCAAAAUUUAUGUUUGUUAUACAUGUGUAUGUAUUGUGUAUUUAUUGAUUUUAAAUAAGAGUGUCACUUUAAUGUGUCAAUGUAUGUAACCUGGAUCCAUGAUUACGAACAGUUUUUUGUUUUUCUAUUGUUUAGUUAUGCCGAAAAAAAUACUCCUGGAACUCAUCGACAUCAAUUUAUUGUUGUUGUUUUUUCCAGAUUUACCGCUUUGUUUUAAGACUUUAAAGCCUUUCACUCGUUUAUGAUAAGUCAUUUUCUCAUCAAGUAUUUGUCGAUUUACAUCAUUCUUUGCACAAUUAAAACUUAAAGUGUCUGGUAUUCAUUCUUUGCUAGAAUACAAUCAUUAACGAACCAUUUACGUUGUUUCUCCACUGGCUUUUUAAUAGGCCGACCAAGUUUAGUUUCUUUUAGUUACCUUUAUUUUAUAAUUGCAUAUAAUUUUGUUCACGUAUUACAAAUUAUUCAUAUCAACAUAUAGACUUUGCAUGUAUCGAUUCUGUAUUAUGUGACAUUGUGAAUUUACGUUAUAUAAAUGUAUUUAUAGUCUGUGACUCUGUACCUUGUGGGUUUACAUCAAAUAAAAUUAUGUUCUUUUC